CGACGAGAACGAGCGGCAAUUGCAGCACAAGCGUGCCAGACAUGCCGUAGUAGGAAGAGCAAAUGUGAUGAGCAGCGUCCCAAAUGUGGACUUUGUCGGCGACUGAAUGUUGAUUGUCAGUAUCGGGAGCCGCUCCCGACAAAAAAGGACAAGACCAUGGUUCAUAUCCUCGAUACUCUCACACGACUUGAGAACAAGUUCGACAAUCUCGCGCUGCCCAGUGCAUCGAACACUUCGGAGUCCACGACGCCAGGUGCACGAGGCUCCACCCGUCAAUCCGUGGCACCGGACAAUCGACAAAAUGAAUACGGAGUGGCUCGUUAUCCUCUGGAGCGUGAGCAAGGCUACCAUCACUUGACUGUGCCGCACAAAAUCGUUCUUUGGCCUUCAAUCUAUAUUCAUCUCGUCAACUCGGGCAUCGAAGCUACCUCGGAUCUUCAAUAUGUCUUGCAAGACGGGACGCCGUGGUUCUUGCGCAAAGAGAUGACAAGUCACAAAGUGGCCCUUGCAAUCGGGGAGCAGUUGACCACAUACCCCGUGAAUCCAAGAACUCACACGCCGACAAGUACUGGUAGGUACGGCUACAACGACCUGACUGUCCCAAAGAUUCAGGAAUACUGCGAUGCGUACUUCAGCUCGUUCAACGUUCUGUCACCAAUAUUGAAUCACGAGCUUUUCGAGGCAGAGACGCUCGGCUUGGUACUACGUGAGGGCUUCCGGGAUGGCGAAGCGGAAAGUGUACUGACGCUGUUCGUCAUCGCACUCGGUCAAGUUGCAUUGGAUGGUGUCUUUGAGCGUCCCAUCAGCAUGGUUAAUGGUACGCCCAGCGGCUUCCGUGGUGGCACGGCCAGAUCCCCACCUGGACUGGAUGUCUUUAAUGAAGCACGACGCAGGUCCAGUAUCAUCUCCACCGAUAUGACGCUGGAAAAUGUUCAGAUCCUGUUAUUACAAGCCACCUUCUUCGAGGCAUCUGCACGUCAUUUGGACUUCUGGCGAUGCAUCACGUCUGCAUCAAUGGCGUGCCAAGUCUUGAUCAAGUGCCAGACCAUCGAUUGGCAGACACCAUACGGAGACAUGCUCAAGCGUGCUUACUGGAGCUGCGUCAUGAGCGAAGACCUCUACCAUCUGGAUUUGGAUCUCCCGCAAAGUGGCAUACAAUCUCUCGAAGAUUGCGUCCCUCUACCCUACUUUCACGAAGGUGCCGAUUCCACAACUCCGGCCGCCGAUGACAGAUCACAUUUCCAAUAUCACUUCCUUGCGAUGAUAGCGCUUAGACGGCUGAUCCAUCGCAUACACGUCAUCAUCCACGAAUGUAAGUCACCCCACCCCAACGAAUAUGGCGGACCACCAGUCACAGUCAUCCGCGAAAUGUCUCGCCAGCUCGAAUCCUGGCGCUCCCUCCUUCCUCGCCCGCUCCAUUGGCAAGAUAGCGACAAGCUCGACUUCCCCCAUAUCGACCUCUCCAAUCGUCGUCCGAACGAACCACUAUUCUCGCAAGACCAAGGCCCCGUGCCCAUCAACCACAAAAACAGCCUCGACCUCGUCACCGCCCAACUCCGCACUCGCUUCUACUACGCUCGCUACGUCAUGUAUCGCCCAUUCAUCUACAAAGCCCUUCACUUCCCCGAACUCAUGACCACCGAAGAUGCCAACAGCUGCGCCCUGGCCAUCAAAUCCGCGCUCCUCUGGCCCAUAGCAAUGGCGCCUCCCAAGGACAAGAAACGACUCGUCCCGUCACUCUUUGCGUGGACGCAGAAUUUCAUGGGCAUUCUGUUGAUUUUGAGAAUGACGACGGAGAAUGAGUGUCUGAUGAGGAUCUGCGAGGAACAGGUCAAUCGUGACGACCUCGAGCAAACCGUUGCGAUGAUGAUUGAGUGGGUGAGAGAUGUGAGGCAGGUGGAUGGAAUUGCGGAGUGGAGUUGGAGGAUCAUUGAGCCUCUUUUU